AGGCGUGGCCCGCGAAGCUCAUGGACGCGGUCACGUGACGGACGAGACGCUGACGUGAGACUGGCUAGGCUGGCUCUUCUAGGGUGAGGAGAGGCACGAAGCGAAGCUUCAACAAUUCCCAUGCUGCCUUCUCUCGCCGUGGAAGAAGAUGAGGCUGCUGCCCCCACCUUGCCUGCUCUGGGGCGUCAUGCUGACUGUUGGAAUCCGCCAUCUCCUUGAUUCGGGGCAGGAUUAGAUGGGGUGGAGCCCAGCUGAAACAGGGGUGGAGCUACUUGUUAUGAGCCUGGCUGAGAAGGGCCUGGACUGGAGAGUUGCUGGGACUGAAGUCCUUAUGGACCUUCCACUGGAGAUUGGCCAUCCGGAAGGCAGAUGGGACCCUUUUUUUCCUGCAAUACAGUGGAUACAGUUUGUCACAGCUACUCUGAGUGUUAUAGGUUCAAGUUCGCUUAUCACUUAUGCUGUGUUCCAGAACCCACAGAUGUCUGCAGAGAUAAAACCACUCUUUUAUCUGAGCUUUUCUGACCUGUUCCUGGGAAUUUGCUGGCUUAUAAAAGCACUUCUCUAUGGAACUUCAGCACCCUACAAGGACAGCAUCUGCUAUAACCUACAGACAGUCGGAGAGAUACUGUUCAUUGCCUCACUCUUCUGCACCGUCAGUUACAUCUGGUAUCUGUACACAGAGCUGAGGAUGAGAGACAGCCAGAGUGGACGGAGCACAACUGCUCAGGUGAUAAAACAUACUUGUCAAAGUAGUCACAUAGUGUUCAUUUUGUCAAGCCUGCUACCUCUGCUGCUGAUGACACCUGUGUUUUGUCUGGGCAAUGUCAAUGAAUGCUUCCACAACUUUAGCCAGAGCCACAGGUGUCUCCUAAUGCACUCGCCUCCAUCAGCCAUGAUUGAACCCCUGCCUUCCACCAACACAUCUGUCUGCAGUGUGCUCUAUUUUUAUGGCGUCACUGUUUUCCUGGCCAGCUUUUUCUUCAGCCUCCUCCUCAUCACGGUCUUGCUCAUCCAUGCCCAGUCAUUGUAUAAGAAGUUUGUGAAAUCGACAGGCUUUCUGGAGAGUGAGCAGUGGGCAGUGAUUUACAUUGUGGGCCAGCGAGUGCGCUUCUUCCCGGUGGCCUUUGUAUGCUGCUGGGGCCCAGCUGCCACACUGUUGAUCAUAGAGCUGACCAAGCCCCAGGAUACCUCCCUGCACAUGGCUUUCUCUGUGCUCCAGGCUCUCACAGCAGCAUCCCAGGGUCUGAUCAACUGUGGCAUAUAUGGCUGGACACAGUGCAAGUUCCAGCAGCUAAAGCGUGAGCCUCGCCGUGAUGCAGAUACUCAGACCCCAUUGCUGUGCUCACAGAAGAGAAUCUAUAGCAGGAGCCUAGACCCACCGGAGUUUUCUCUUGCUUUUGCUUCCAGCUCUUCCACCAUUCUUUGAAACUAUAGAACUAGAACAUCCCGGAAGUGAAUGUUUCAUGUGAGUGGAUUCUGCAGGUCUGCAGGGAACACUCCCAUCUUUUCUGGCAUACCCCAGACUGGAGAACUAAAAGGGAAUGUAAGCUGUGGUCAGUAACGGUUCUGAGUGAAUUAGGAAGGAUCUCUCCAGGUGCUCAUUCAGGGAGGUAUAGCUACUUUCUAUCUAAGAGAUUCAUUACUUUUUCAAAUACUAGAUUUAUUUACAUCUCUUCAAGAAAAAAUAAAUUUCAGGUUCACAUAUAUGUGUGUCAUUUGCAAACUCUGCUCCAUAAAAACAAGAAAAGUAGGAAGCCAUGCAACAACUUGCAGGUGUGCAGUUGGGGUUCUUGUAGUGAGGUUUCAUGGAGACCUGAGAAUGCUCACACAGCCAAAAUGCUCUGCCGUAUCCCUCAUUUGUAGUAUUUUAGUGUUUUUCAAGUUGUUUAUUAUAACAAUUUUAUAUAGAAUUUUUAAAACUUUUUUUUUUUUUUGGUUUUCGAGACUUGUGGCUUUGGAGCCUGUCCUGGAACUAGCUCUUGUAGACCAG